AUGGCGUCUCAUGCCAAUACCGUCUUCGAGCAGUUGGCCGUUGAUGAGACUGGACCAAGCGAGUUUAUUUCUCGCUACCUCCCAGUAAAGAUGGUCAAUGUCGCCAAUAUUGCCUAUGGUGGUUGUGCACUCGGUGUUGCAAUCUCCGCGGCAUACCAGACGGUACAUCCGAAACACCACUUGUAUUCAGCCCUUGGAACCUACCUAGGCCCUGCGCGAACUGAUCGGAAAUUGAUCGCGACGAUCAAGACCAUCCGUGAAACCAGGACCUUUGCGACAAGAGAGGUACAAAUCAGCCAAAAGCAAGAGGGUUCUCAACCUGAUAGGCUCUGCUUGAUUGCCAUUCUUGACUUUCAGACCAACGAGCCGGCUAGCCUACUAAGCUAUUCGCCAGCGCCUUUGAAAUUAUACAAGAUUGCCCAGGAUCUUCCAACCCCACAACAGGCGAAUCAGGAUCUCUUCGUGACUGGAAAGAUUUCAAAAGACCAACUCGAUGGACGUACAAGAGACUCUGCCCUAAUGCACAAGUUUUUUGAUAUUCGAAACUCGCCGGAAGGAGUAAUGGCUCAGAACCUUGGAGGAGCAGCUCAGAUCCCCACUACACAAGAUGGUUUGGCAAUCACAGAUAAAACGUCGGGCGAGCACUACAGGCUCAAGGAUGGUGUCCCCUCCCAAGCAAACCACUCUGCGGCACUUGGCUUCAUGAUGGAUGCGUCUCUCGCAUUCGUACCCAUGGCCCAUAGCUCACUACCAAUGGAAAUGGCAAGUGCCUGUUCCAGUCUCGAAUUUGCCUUGCGAGUGUUCGUCUCCGACAUAGACUUGAACAAUUGGCAUUUCAGGGAGCUUUUCACGAUUGCUGGUGGCGCUGGCCGGACUUAUUCAGAGUCUAGGCUUUGGAAUAACGAUAGUACACUUGUGGCAAGUAUGACGCAGCAGUCCAUUCUGCGACCAGCAGCCACCAAGCUUUGA